GAUUUCAAGGAAUCUGCAAAAUUAACACAAAAAAAAGUAGAUAUUAUUUUUUAUAUUCGUGUUGUAGCGCAUUUAUUGUUAACAUAAAUAGUCUGAAGUCUUAAAAAAAAAAAUCUCCCCGUUUUGGUGACGUGUUUUACAAACGGAAGCGCACUUUGGAGGGGGCAGGUAAUGCUCUGUAGCGCUUCCUAUCCGAGGCUGUGCUGUUGCUGUUGCUGUUGUUGUUGUUGUUGUUGUUGUUGCUGUUGUUGUUGUUGUUGUUGUUGUUGUUGAGAUCAGUCGGGUUUAGGCGAGGAUUUUGAGAGGAUUUAUAAACCGAGGCGUGGAAGCAAAGUCUCGUGUAUUUAAGCAUUGUGGGUACUCUGCUCUGUGAGUGUUUGAAGAGGCUGCAGCGGGAAUCUCACGCUCCUCAGCAUGGGUGAACGGAAAGGAGUGAACAAGUACUACCCUCCAGACUUCGACCCCGCCAAGCAUGGCUCUCUCAAUGGAUACAGGAAGAGUCACCCCCUCAGAGAGAGGGCGCGCAAACUGUCCCAGGGCAUCCUCAUCAUCCGGUUCGAGAUGCCCUACAAUAUCUGGUGUGACGGCUGCAAGAAUCACAUCGGGAUGGGCGUCCGUUACAAUGCUGAGAAAAAGAAGGUGGGGAAUUACUACACAACCCCGAUCUACAGGUUCCGGAUGAAGUGCCACCUGUGUGUGAAUUACAUCGAGAUGCAGACCGACCCGGCGAGCUGCGACUACGUCAUCGUGAGCGGAGCGCAACGCAAAGAGGAGCGCUGGGACAUGAAGGACAACGAGCAGAUACUGACCACAGAGCACAGUGAGAAGGAGAAGCUGGAGACAGACCCCAUGUUCAAGCUGGAGCACGGCUCUCAGGACCGGGGGAAGCUGCAGCGCGCCCUGCCCUCCCUCUCACACAUCCAGGAGAAGCAGGAGGCCUGGAGAGACGACUUCCAGCUGAACAGCGCUCUGCGCAGGAAGUUCAGGGAUGAGAAGAAGGUGAUAAAGGAGGAGAGUGAGAGGGACGGGGCUCUGCUCAGUAAAGCCUGUCUGUCCAUCCCGCUGGUGAAAGAGACUGAGGAUGACAAGAGACUGGCCAGCCUGCUCACCCUGCACAGCGCAGACUCGUACGAGGACAGGCAGCGGUUGAAGCGGAGAGAGAUCUCGGCUCGCUCCUGGUUUCCUUCCCCCGUCGCAGACCGAGCCUCGGACACGCUGAAGAGACUGGGGCUGACCCUGGGCUCCACCUCGGCCCCCUCGCUGGGCUUCACAGCGCUGCCUGUCAGCAAGGGACUGGGGAUCGUGCGCAGGAGAUCAGCGGGGAGCGAUAUCACCGCUGCACAGGAACCAGAGGCAUCCCUGGGGGUCAGAGAGAGCGACACACCUCGGGGGAAUGACAUCACCGACGCACCGGGGGGUGGGGGAACCCCAUUCGACAGCGCACAGGCACAGACCCCCAGUGCAGAGACCCAGGCAGGGGGCUGUUUUGCGGGAGAGGCUGAGCCGUGCACCGCCCUCCCCCUCACCUCUCUGGUGGCAGACUACUGGGGCUCCAGCUCCGAGUCAGAGUCCUGAGAGAGGAGACUGAGGAGGGGACAGUGAACUGGACUGUCUGCCUGUCCAAAUAAACUGAGCAUCUCGGAGACUUCACAACAACAGCAGAACAAUGUGUUAUUUGCAUCCGGGUUUGGUAAAUAUGAGGAAUAAAUCAUUGAAACGGGAAGCUCUGCUUUGUGGCAGUUAUUUCAUCUCAAAACGAGAGAAACAGAUUCACGUAAACCAGUUAGAAACCAGGUCAAUAUACAGAGGCUGUGACGACACCGUGAAGGUGUGACUAGCAGAACACUUUGUGUUCUUCACUGAUAAUCCAGCAAGGAGGCCAGGAGCACCGCGGGCUGCUCCCACGCUGUACAGCCGCUGGAAAUGUUUGAGACGCGAUCAUUUCUGAUCAGCUGAAGACGUGGAAUCGUGAUGCGGGGGUAUUAGCGCCCUCUGGUGGAAUUAAUUAGGUUGACAACAUGAAUGACUAAAAUCUAAUCUUGUUGCAACUUCAUAAUACAAAGGUUAACAAUGCUUAGGGUCGGUCUGAUUCCUCUAAAUGAGAAUGUGUGCGUGUGUGUGUGUGUGUGUGUGCGUGUGUCAGUGUCUAGAGUGUAUUUGUCAGUGUUCGUGGGUGUGUGGGCAGGUUUAUAGCGCUUGCUGGGUCAAAAAAGUCUCCACAAGGAAGGAAAGUCUGACAAAACCUACCUUAUGAAGACACAGGCCAAGUCCUUGUCGUGGUUAAACAGAUAUUUUAAAACCUCCACAGGUGACCACGCCCCUCCCAAGUACACCUCCACAGGUGACCACGCCCCUCCCAAGUACACCUCCACAGGUGACCACGCCCUUCCCAAGUACACCUCCACGGGUGACCACGCCCCCUCCCAAGUACACAUCCACAGGUGACCACGCCCCGCGCAGGUAGAUCGGAAAGAUGGCGGCCGGGGUAACACGGUAAAAUCCUAGAUUCCCUGUUUCUUCUGGUGUGCAGCCUUGGCGUGAUUCACACACACGAGGAGAAGGAUUCCGAGUCUCGGAACACGCGAGGCGCUGUGUAUUCUGCAGAGAGGACGGUGAGGUGCGGUCGAAUCCACGCAGUCCAGGGAAGUAAAUGAUAACGAUACUCAAAGCGGAUUGCUUUUACCGAUGGACUGGAUACGAUGUAACUGGAGAGUCUGGGUAGAAAUGACGCGACUUUAAAAAUAUAAACGGACUGCCCGUUCAACGAGGAUUCACGAUUAAAGUUACACACCCCGCUGCACAGAGACUGUGUGAACUAGCAUUGCUGUCGAUUCUGUGUGUGUCUUUCAGUGCCGAGAUGCGUCCUCCUCAUCCUCAUCACCGCUGCCCGUCUGAGUGCACGCCGACCCGGGAUCGAUCUGCGAGCCCCUCUCGAUGUUGUCAUGGAUAGACACGCGCGGUUCUGCAGCGCCGCUCCUGCCUCUGCCCGCUUCUGGAGUCUCGGGGUCGGAACACGCAGCUGGAUUCCCGGGCUGGUUUUGUUUUUGUCGAGUCGUUGCUCAUCUCAAAGCCCAGCCGUGCCUCGGAGUGUUUCUGCAGGAUUGUGUGUGUGUUGCUAUGGUGAUUGUGAGCAGUGUUUGACUUUGCAAAUAAAGAUUGUAUAUCGAUUA